GCAUCGCCCGGGACGCCGUGGCCAAGCGGGAGUUCGCUGGCAUGCUGGUGGCACGGGAUGAACGUGGGAGAUCGCCGUUGCACGUGGCGGCUACGCGAGGUGACUUGCGCCUCUGCCGGGAGAUGAUCCAAGCCGACCCGGGCUUGGUGAAUGCGCUGGACAAGCAGAAGAACACGCCAGUAAUGGAUGCAGCUUUUCUCGGUCGUGCGAUGAUCGUCAAGGAGCUCAUUGAGAAUGCUGCGGAGGUCACGCAAAAGAACGCCGACCUCAUGAACCCGUUACAGCUUGCCUGCGUCAAUGAAGGCGCUGGCAACGGUGACGUCGUGGCCGCUCUCAUCGAGGCCCUCGCUGAUCCUUCUGACAUGUGCUGGCAGACGACCCCGCUGAUGGCUGCGGCAGACAGUGGCCACAUCUGGGCCCUUCACGCACUCAUCGAUCUUGGGUCUGAUCCAUGGCAAAUGAACGGCUCCGGCCUCACCGCUUUGGAUUAUGCUCGGGAUAUGGAGACAGCUGAGUUCUUGUACGGCCUCAUGGAGGGCGACAAGCUCUCAGACAAGGCCGCGCCGCGCAUCGACACCUCGAAGCUUUUCAAGGACGCCGAGGCUCGCCGCGCCCGGCUGCACCGCGCUGCGCCACAGGUGAGCCUGGAGGAUGCUUUUGCAACCUUGGAAGCGCCACGGGAGUGGCUUCCGGGCUUUCGCGACACGGGAGAGCACUUCAACGACUUGAGAAAGGCCUGGCGCCGGAUUUGCUUGCGCUGUCACCCGGACAAGCAGCCAGAAGACCUGGAAGAGGAGGCUGCAGCGGAAUGGACUGCACAGUUCCAGGCGGCAGUGGCCGCGUUCGAAGCCAUCGACAAGCAUUUCCGCUCUGUUUGCCAGGAUGAGGAGCUGCUUCCCGAGGUGCUCCAAGUGCUAGCGGACCAUCACCUGCUUGACGGUAAGGUGGUGCCAUCGCGGUUCCUCUCCCCUGUGGUCUCCCACUGCCUCUUCGUGCUGGGAUGUGAAGGAGUGGACUUGGGCGUACAACGAGGAUCCGAGCGGGUGCUGUGCUGCCUCGCCGACCGGGCCCUGAAGGUCGCAUCCGACCCGUCCCACGAUGCGGAUGAUCGCCAAUCGCUGUUGCACCUCACCUUCUCCCUCACGCUGCCCGCCCUCCGCCGCAUGCUGCGGGCGCCCACGGAGGACGUUUUCCGCCGGUGGCUCAGACUGGGGACGACGAUCAUACCCGUUGCCGGCAAGAAGUGCAUGUCGGGGUUUCGAUAA